UCCUCCAACCUGCACCGCUUCAACAUGGCUCCGCGGCUGUGCAGCAUCUCUGCGGUGGCGCGGCGGCUGCUGGGGAGCCGGGGACCCCGCGCCGGGGACCUCGCGGCUGCCGCGGCUGUGCGUUUCUAUUCAAAGGACAAUGAAGGCAGCUGGUUCCGUUCCCUCUUUGUGCACAAAGUGGAUCCCCGGAAGGAUGCCCACUCCACUCUGCUGUCCAAGAAGGAGACCAGUAACCUCUACAAGAUCCAGUUUCACAAUGUGAAGCCUGAAUGUCUGGAUGCCUACAACAGUCUAACGGAGGCUGUUCUGCCCAAGCUGCAUCUGGAUGAGGACUACCCUUGCUCGCUUGUGGGCAACUGGAACACAUGGUAUGGGGAGCAAGACCAGGCAGUGCACUUGUGGCGAUUCUCUGGUGGCUACCCAGCCCUUAUGGACUGUAUGAACAAGCUCAAAAACAACAAGGAGUACCUGGAGUUCCGGAAGGAGCGGAGCCGGAUGCUGCUGUCGAGGAGAAACCAGUUGCUUCUGGAGUUCAGCUUUUGGAAUGAGCCACAGCCCAGAGCUGGCCCCAACAUCUAUGAGCUGAGAACAUACAAACUCAAGCCGGGAACCAUGAUCGAGUGGGGGAAUAACUGGGCUCGAGCCAUCAAGUACCGGCAGGAGAACCAGGAGGCAGUGGGCGGCUUCUUCUCGCAAAUAGGAGAGCUCUAUGUGGUGCACCACCUCUGGGCUUACAAAGACCUGCAGUCUCGGGAGGAGACUCGAAAUGCGGCCUGGAGGAAGAGGGGCUGGGAUGAGAACGUUUACUAUACUGUCCCCUUGGUACGACACAUGGAGUCACGAAUCAUGAUCCCUUUGAAGAUUUCUCCUCUCCAGUGAUGCAGUUGCUGCCUCCACCUCUUCCCUCUUCUCCCUCAGGACAACUGGGGACAGAGGAACUUCUAGGCCUGCUGGUGUGGCUUGCUCCUGGCACUGGAAGAACUCUCAAGGGCAGUGUUCAGUGCCAAGAUGAUGCCUUCUGAGUACUUACAGCCCUGUCCAUACCCUAAACAUUUCCUUAGGCCAUGCUGGAAGAUGUUUCUAAUUUUCCUGAAUGAAGAAUAGCGACCUUAGGCUUUCAUUCCCCCCUACGAUUCCUCAUCUCAAGGCCACCAGUCCCCAGAUAUCAUUAUGGACAUGGCUUUGUUGCACAGAGCCAUGGGACAUGAUCAGGAGUUAGAGGUGGGAUAGGAAAGGAGGAAGUCAGACCAGGCCUGGCCAUCAGGUAUUCCCUGGUCUCCACUUGAUAGACCAGGAAGUGGGAGGUAAGUCCCUCCUGCCAGUAAAAACCUGGAACUGCCGUAAAGCCUCAAAAGAGCCAGGUUCGAAGAUACAGAAUUCUACCUAGUCGCAGAAGACAGAAAUGCAACAGGAACUUGGAACCUAGAAGCUGGAACUUAGAAUUCAAAACUUGGGUUUGAACUACAGAAAUAUGAAUUAUGAAGAUAAAAAGAUGACAGGAGACCCUUGGGGAGGGGGAGCUCCCUGAUACUAGAGAGAUGGAGACCCUUAUCAACUUGAACAUGUACUUCUAGUUAUCUCCUGCCUUUCCUCCUUCCUGUAGCCAAAAAUGUAGGCUGAGGCCUGUUCCUCCCUUACCUUGCAUUGUUUUUCCCGCUUGACACGAUCAGGCAAACCCUUCAUUUUUCAAGAAGCCACCUGGUCUGUGGAGUGGGCUGUGAAUCUGGGUGUCUCUUGAAUGACCCCCACAUCUCAUGAACCCCCUGGGUAGCUUGAUAAUGCUUCCAUACAUGAAAAGUGUACUGGAAUUGCUGGUGGAACCAAUUAAACAUUUACUAAAAA